AUGAAGACAGUUACACGUAAUUCAGAUAUAAAUUCAUCAAAGCGAGAAUCUUUAAGAGAUUUAGUGAAUAAAUUAGUUAAAAGAAAAUCUUCUGAAUUACCAGAAAUUAAUAAAAAAAGGAUAAUAGAAAGUGUAUUAUCUAAUACCCCAAUACACAGCUCAGAGAAUAUCUCCUCUUCUUUUGUGAAUAAUUGGUUUGAUCAAUGUAUACCCAGCACUAGUAGAGAUGAAAGACAUAGCUACGAUGAGAAUAUUCGAUGUAUUUUGGAGAAAUUGGAUACAACGCUCGUAGAAAUACAUCAUAACACUGAUAGAAGAUUCAUCAAGACAUUUGUGGAGACACAGAAGAGGUUCAGUGAGUUGAAGAGGGUACACCACGAGGUGUACGAGGAGACGCUGAGGGAUCUCAAUUACAAAUUCAAAAGAUUACAAGAUAUGUCUGAUGAAAUAUUUGAAGAGAUGAUAUCUAGAAUGAGAGAUGUUAUCACAGAAGAUAGAAAGCAAAAUAUAGCGAUGGUUAAAAUUCUCAAAGAGGAUGUACAGGCUGUGGUCGACUUUAACGCGAGGAGAGCCAAAUAA